AUGGCGCUCUUCCAUUUUGUUAACUGUUCCUUGACGGCCUUUACACCAUACUACAUAAUAUAUGACGGAUUUAAAUUAUCAAAGAAUGCUGGAUCGACAAAGCUGUUUUUACUCGUGUGUUUUUACUAUAUCGUGUCGCAAAUAUUGAAGCUAUUCGUCCUAGCGUUUUUCUCGAUAGGCCUCCUUCAAAACAUGAAUCUUUUCAACAUCAUCUUCCAAGAGUGUGCCAACUUUAUAGACCUCGUUGGGCUGUACUACAUCUUGUCGCAUAAGCACACCAACACGAUCAACUUGAAGGAGAGAAUACUAUCCGUAGGCCUCAGCUGGGGAUUCUACGAAUCCGUGGCCACCAAUUUUUUUCCCUUUUUCAUUGGGGGAAGAUCCAUGGACUUUUCGCUGAAGCAUAUUUAUCGUUCCAUAUCAGCCAACACAUUCAUGUUUUCGAACUUGUCCAAAACGUGCCUCCUUUUCAUGUGGCUAAAGAACACACAAAGCAGGAAAAAAAUAAACGUGGUGAAUUUCCUUUUGUUUUACUUUACCUUCCUUUUGCCUCUCGUGAAUAAAAUCAUACUCAUACAUGAGGGAUCAUUCAAUAAGAGGAUUAUAAUUCACCUGAUCGUUCUUCUACUGUGCACUUUCGUCCUGUCCAUUGCCACAAAAUGCAUUUUUAAUUCCAAGUCGAACGCUAAUGUAGAGCCAUAUAAAGAAUUGAACACACGAAGCUACGAAAAGAAUGAUGGUCAUGAUGAUGACGGGGAUGGCGAAAUGAAUAAAGAUCAGAAGAAAAAAAAUAAAAAAAAAAAAAAAGGAUUUUUUUACAAAUGA